AUGUGGCGUGUAAGUUUAGUACGGCGCGCAGCCGUAGUGGGCGGUGGCCUAAAGCUUUCAAGUUCCACCCCACGUCCGUAUCAGCGCGUGCUACAGAUGCUUCAGGCUGAAGGUGAAGGACUUCCUGCUGCAGGUGGUGUCUUUGAUGACUUUCGUAUCUUUUACCGACAGACCAUGGCGAAUGCGUCGGCAUCAUCAGCGCAGCCGAAGCCCCUUCAGCUGUUUUGCGGUGCAUCCGAAGACGUGGAGCCGUUUGCUCUGCUCAUGAUGAGAGUUCUCUGUGAUCUUCAGAAGCUAGAAGCGGUGCGAUUUCUUUUCGCGCAAUGCGUACUCGAACUCCACACUCCUUCCAUCGAACUCUUCAAUGUAUAUCUCCUCGCCAUUUCCCUCACAGAUACCUUCAAUCAGUACGAGAUUGAGAAUGUUGUGGAGGUCAUGCGCACAAAGAAGGUGGAGCCUGACAUUGUAACGCGCCUUUCCCUCUUCAUUGUGUACAUGCGGCUCGGGCAGAACUACACCACGUGGUGGCCAACGAUACACGAGGAAGUGCUGCGCAUCGCCAAGGCGGGCCAGCGUGGCCAGUACCCGCUGCUCGAGGUGCGGCUGCAACACUGCUUUCAGACACUUCUUCGCAUUCACCAUGAUGUGUCUAUGAUCCAAGAGUGCUUUGACCUCCUGAAGCUCAUAGACAAGGAGAAGAUCACCUCCCGUCUGUUAUUGCCGUAUAUGCUCCUUAGUGCAAACAAUGCGGCAACACCACCCGCAACGACUGUCCUUCUGCUACAGAUGCUGGAGGAAGCAAGAAAGUUGGAGGCAACUUCGUCAGGAAGCGUAGCGGCGGAGGAUCAUUCAGUGCAUGCGAAUGAGGAGACAUCCGUUCCCGUAAAUUCGGAUACAGUGUUAAACAAUGAGCUCACAGCGUUAAAGCUCAUGGCCAAGUGCGGCAAAUGGGGAGACGCGGCCUCCGCCGCUCAGGUGCGCCAGUAUCUACGCGACCAUCCAGGUGUAGUGUCGCCCACAAACGAGGCAGUUGUCGCGCUGCUGUAUGUGGAGGCACUGGCACGUGGUGGACUGCUGAAGGAGGCACUGACAGUCCUAGAAGAAGAGGUGCCGGCGGCGCAGAGUCAGCCAGGCCCACGCCCGAAGUUCUUCCUUGAGUCGCGGCGCGUAACACUCCUUAACGCAGACCCUAUCAUGACUCUUGUGCGACUCGUGGCGGUGGGCGGCGCAAACGUUGAGGAGGCGCUGGCGUUCCUCGAGGAGCGACACACAGCGGGAAGUGUGGUGAGUAAUAAAUCCCUCAACCUCUUGCUUGAGGCGUGCGUCCUGCUGAAGGAUGAGGGACGGGCGUCAAUGGUAUUCGCCGUUUUUCAGAGUCUAGGCGUACCGAAGACGGCACGCACAUUUCUCUUGCUUCUCCUGGCCUUUCCUGACGCGGCGAGUUCGGUGCGACGACUGCCAGACAUGCUGACAGAGAUGGCGGACUGCGGUGUUGACGUGUCGCCAGAAUUUCUUCGCGGUGCUCUUGCAGUCGCGAUUGACGCACAGGACGUCGCGGCCGCGAUGCAGAUGGUGGAAUACCACGAAAGGAGGCGUGCGUCCAUCGAGAGCAAGCUUGCGAUACGUCUCAUGAAAUUAUUAUGCCUUGUUGUGGAUGUUGAGAGUGUACGCCGACUCCUCACUUUGUUGAGGGCAACAAAGUCACCUGUGGAUCCUCGUAGCCUCUCGUUGUGUGUGGCAACCUUCAGGAAAUGGUCGAUUCCGUGCGAUGAUUUGGUGGAUGCGUAG